AUGAAUCCGUCCACCUCAGCCGCUCAAGACGAAUUCAACGAGCUUCUUCGUGACAAGGACCACGACGACAGACAUCCUGAAGACCGCCACGACGACAGCGACGUCUCCGAACCAGAGUCCCCUGGUGCUGCCGCCGACUACCUCGAGAAGAUUGACACCGACGACGAACUCGACAUUCCCGCCGACAUGCGCGCCAACUACUACAUGCCCAACCGCCGCUCAGAGGCCAACACGGGCCCCAAGGGUGUCAUUGCCGAUGCCCAGGCCUUUGAGCAGGCCAAGAAGCAAGCAAGACGCUUUACCUGGAAGAAGAACUCCCCGCCUACAUCCUACACCGUCUCCGCCUACCAUGACGACAAGGCCUCGAGCGAUGAAGAUACUGACGAGGGCUUUAUGCGCCAAUGGCGUGAGGCCAGGCUCAAGGAGCUGCAGAAUGUCGGCGAGAAGAUGCGGUCAAGGACAAAUAGCCCUAGCCGUCGUGUAUACGGUACCAUGCCGCUAGUUGAUGGUGAGGGGUACCUUGAUGCCGUCGACAAGACCGCCUCGGCUACAACAGUUGUCGUCUUCAUCUACAACACCGACGUAUGCACACUUCACGCUCAAGUUUCCAAGCUGUUUGAAGUCACCAUGCGCGAGGUAGCAAAGCGCAAUGACACUGUCCGCUUUGUCAAGAUGGACAACUCCGACGCAGAGAUCGAGGACGCUGGUGUACCUGCAAUCCUGGCAUAUAGAGGCGGCGAAAAGUUCGCUGACAUUCUUGCACUUGUCGACCAGUUUCCUGAUGACUGCGAGCUCAGUGCUAUCAGCCUUGAAACAGUCAUGAGGCAGUAA